UUUAGAUCAUACCUUGGAUACGUGCACCCUUUAUGCUAAUGUAACAUUUGUUUUUUCCAAUGUCAAAAUAUCGAGAACAUUCAUUAUGCCUGAUUUUUGUGAAUAUAAACAGAAUGAGUUGUGCUGGAUUUAGAUGUUGUGAUAUGGAUUUUAGUAGAGUCUAAUGUGGAGAUUACAGAUGGAUAGAUGCAGGAUCCUGUAGUAAAUCAAGUGCUGAGAUGUCUUCAUAGGAACCUCAGCUAUUCUGAUUAUCACGAAGAACAUCAUGGCUGGAUUUUCAAUGACACUGAACGAAUAUGCAAACUAAAAACACGGAAGUAUAGAUCAGGCCGCCGACGGAAUAUGGAAUCCAUUUUGACCCCUACGACUGAAGAGGGCAUUCUAAAGGGCAAUAACGAUUUCAGUGGAGAAUCACAGUUACCUGAGGGUGUUACGUCACCAAGAUUCUACUCGGACGAUUCUGAUAUGUACUCGGAUUCAGAUAGAACAAUAACUGAUGUUGAUUCGGACGUCUGCUCCCCAGGAAGAUCUUUAAGCGUCUGCUCUGAUGACCUUGAAUCUUUUGUUUCAGAGGACGCUGAUACUGAACUUGACUUCAGCCACUUAAAUGACGAUUUGGACUUAAUAACCAAAGAACUUUCGAAUACUGGGCUCAAGAAUGAUGAUGUUUCUGAAUUCGUUAAUCAUUUAAAAGACGAAGACAACACUAUCCCAAUGAUUCGUGUGGACAACCGGCCGGUGACUGAUGCCACUAAAAUGCCAGCUUUCAAGUUUGCUCACAGGUCACAGUCACCUAUGCUUUUUGAAGACCGCGAGUUUAAUUUCGAGAAACAAGAACUGAGAAGGAGUACAUCUCUUAAAACUUCAAAAACUCCACCGGGGACCCCCGGACGGAAAAAGGUCGUGCGCUUCGCGGAUGCACUAGGCCUUGACCUGGAAUCGGUCAGACACAUAUUAAACAUGGAAGCGCCCCCUUUAAUACCCAUCUCAGCAAUCAAAGAUCUUAAAGAUACAUUAGACGAAGAACAAAAGACACAAGGAUCUAAAAUACUAUCCCCCAUGUUUGAACAACCAGGGUCAAGGCCUGACUUUAUCAAAAGAGUCCACGAGAAAAAGGUGUGCUUAGAAAAUGCCUUAAUCUCAGGUAUGACCGUCAUGGGGACGGUACGGGUUUCUAACAUAAACUUUGAUAAAACAGUACGUGUAAGAUACACUUUUGAUAACUGGAACUCCUUUUUGGAAGCUGCUUGUACAUAUGUCCAAGAUUCGUGUGACGGAAGCACAGAUAGAUUCUCAUUUACAAUCAGUGUUCCCCCAGAGUUCAACGUCGGGCAUAGGAUGGAGGUGGCCCUGUGUUUUCGCCUUCCAAGUGGCCAAGCCUUCUGGGACAACAAUGACGACAGUAAUUAUGGGUUCACGUGUUUUGCAAAAGCUUCACCCACAGUGGAGUCAGAUUCAAGUUGGAUGCAUUUUGUGUGAUGCCAUGCAUCAUGGCUUGUAAAUAGGCGUUGAAUUGUGCAAUUAUGAUUAGGAGUCGUGUAAACAAACAAAGUAUUUCGUGAAGACUGAAGGAAAACGAUAAACAGCCACAGUUAUUGCCUUUAUGUGGCUUAUAGCUGCAAUUCUCAUCAAAAUAAAAAAAACUUAGAUUUUAAUAAUUCAUAAUCAUACGUAGCUUGCAAAAUCAAUAGACAUGGAGAUAAAUUUUCUUUUCUGUAAUCAUCCAAGCUUGGAAUAAUUGUUUAUGUCAUAAUAGAAAAUGUGUAAAUAGUGGUGAUUGUAUUCCUUAUUACAGUAAAAUUUCAAAUGUUAGGAACUACUUUGAAUUUGAAAAAUAAGCAAUCAAAUAUGUAUAACUACUUGAAAUAUGUAUAAUAAUGUAUAAUAAUUUUAGUUUUACAUAUUCUGUUUCAAUAUGGUCCUUUAAUUGCUUAUUUUUAGAUUCAAAUAAUUCCAAACAUUUAAAAUU